AUGAAUGAAGAACACGACAACGCCAACUCCAACUCCGAGUCAUCAUACCGGCCUUCCAGUCCAGAUUUAUCAGGCUUCAUCAAUACCAACGCCCCACUGCCCAGACUAACCCGAAUCCCAAGCUACCACGCACCAGACUCAAAUUUCCCUUCGGGUUAUUCAUUCAGUCCACGAGGCAGCUACGACGCCUCGCCUUUCUUCUCACCUUCGACAGCGACAUCCACAACCCCUUCGACGUCGUACUUUGGCUCGCGUCCUCCAACCCAAAGCUCUCAGGUGAACCUUUCUUCGCACGCUUUCCGCACUCCGAGCCUGCCCGGUCAGACCUCAACUCAACAGUCUCCACUAAAUCAGUUUCGACCUUCAGGUCAGCCAUACAGUAGUCCACCGCCAUCCCACCACUACUCUCAUCGACCAUACCAAAUUCAUCCAGAACAGUCUUCUGUUCCCUUUCCACCUUACGGAGAGAUGCCUCGAACGCGGCAACAAAGAGCCGCUGAGGCACUGGGUCAGGCUCAAGACUACAGUCUCAACGCCCCAGGAAACGCCAUCCAGCCCAAGGUAGAGCAGGUUCAGCCAGUACAACCAGUCAUGCCCAUCGCCACGGCAGACCCUUCCUUUGGGAUCGACGUGAAGACCAAGUUCCCCGUUGCCCGCAUCAAGCGCAUCAUGCAAGCAGACGAGGAUGUGGGCAAGGUCGCUCAAGCUACACCCACAGCAGUUUCCAAAGCACUGGAGCUUUUCAUGAUCACCUUAGUCUCCAAGGGCGCGACCGAAGCAAGGGCAAACGGCUCGAAAAGAGUCACAGCACAGCAUCUCAAGGCUGCAUUGAUGAAAGAUGGUCAGUUCGACUUUUUGAACGACAUCUGCGAGGCCAUUCCUGAUGAAGGCUCCAAGAAAGGAGGGGCCAAGUCGGAGGCCAAGAGUGAAGAUAGCGAAGAAGACAUCAAGCCCAAAGGGAAGGGGAAGGGAGGCAAGAAGCGGAAAGCGGGGACUGACGAUGAAAGUGACUGA